GCCACGUGGCAUUCCAGUGACAAGGAAGAAGAGAUGACGAGCUGAGGGAAAACAGAGAGGGUCACCGGCAGAGUGGUGAAGAAGAAGUUUAUCCAACCGGCGGGAGCUGCGGGACUGAGCCAAAGCCACCUCUAUCUACCUCGAACCAGUCACUCCUCGCAAAUUUGUUAUGAGAUUGGCACUUAUGGCGCUAUCUCCUCCUCCUUCUUCGAUUAGUUUUCUCCAAUUUCCUUGUUCCUCCUCCUCUCCUCCUCCUCUACUACCACUCCCACCUUCCUCCUCUCCCCACCACCGCCGUCGCGCUUUCUCCACUCUUCAGUUCUGCUGCCCAACACCCAUGAACCACACACGACGCCGCACACAGCACAGGCUUGCCGUUCUGGCUUCUCCAGUAGUCAAGCCCCAAGCUUCUUCCGCGACUAGAGAGCCCAUGCUUCCUCCUUACAAUGUGGUUAUCACCGGUUCCUCCAAAGGCAUUGGGUAUGCACUAGCUAAAGGGUUUCUAGCAGCAGGUGACAAUGUCAUCAUAUGCUCAAGAUCAGCUGAAAGGGUAGAAUCAGCAGUCGAAAGCCUAAAAAAUGAAUUUGGAGAGCAGCAUGUGUGGGGUACAACAUGCGAUGUUAGGGAAGGACAAGAUGUCAAGAAUCUAGUCGCAUUUGCAAAGGAAAACCUCAAAUAUGUUGACAUAUGGAUCAAUAAUGCAGGAUCAAAUGCCUAUAGCUAUAAGCCCUUAUCAGAAUCAUCAGAUGAAGACCUUAUAGAAGUUGUCACCACAAACACCCUUGGACUGAUGAUAUGUUGUCGAGAGGCAAUUAAAAUGAUGCUGAACCAACCACGAGGGGGUCAUAUAUUCAAUAUUGAUGGAGCUGGUUCAGAUGGAAGACCUACCCCUAGGUCUUGGUUACCAUGGGUGUGUAUAAUCUAUAUCACUUUGCAUUAAUGUGUUUACAGAAAUGAGAUCCAUAUGCCCAAUAAGUACAUGAUAACAUCUAACUGAUUUGCAGCUUAUGGGGCAACUAAGCGCAGUGUAGUGCAUCUAACAAAGUCGUUGCAGGCAGAGCUGCAGAUGCAAGAUGUUCGGAAUGUUGUAGUACAUAAUCUUUCGCCUGGAAUGGUUACAACGGACCUCCUAAUGUCCGGGGCCACAACAAAGCAGGCAAAGUUCUUCAUUAAUGUUCUCGCAGAACCACCAGAAGUGGUUGCAGAGUAUCUAGUUCCAAAUAUCAGAUCAAUCCCAACCAAUGGAUCCACGAGACCCACGUAUAUACGCUUUCUUACGGGCAUAAAAGCAUAUUCGCAGAUUUUCUCAAGAUUUGCAUUUGGUGCAAGAAGGAACAGACAUGUGCUCGAAGAUUGAACAGGAACCAUCCCUGGCAGAAGCACAGCUCAGCUCACGACAACGUAUGGUUGGCUCGGUCGAUGAUGAUCACACAGCACGGAUGCUUCCCACUUGCUGCCACAUUUUGUGCUCCUAUUUCCAUGUUGUCUUUACCUCUCGCAUAGCGUUCAUUCAUCAAAAUGUUCUGUUAUACUGAGAGAGUUGCGACGUGGUUGUAAGUAUUGCCGUUUUAGAAUGGUUAGUAUGUAUGGUAUGCACAAGUGAAAAGGUGAAAAUACAGUAUGUAUGGUAAUUUCCCCCGGUUGCUGGUUUUUCUGGUUUGUCUUGAGGUGGGUGAGGGGCCCUUCCAUUCCUGUUAUGUUUUUUUGGUUAUGGAGGCCCGUGACUUCCCUGACUUCUGAUCUCUUGGCUGGCUUGCUUAUUCCUACCCAGCCCAAGUUCCAUUUCAAACUGGUAAGAUGACCACAUACUACCUUUAACAAUAAACCAGUACAACCCGAUUAUGGUGCUCAUAACGCUCCACACUUGUCGGAUAUUGUGUGGAUAAUCUGUAGCCGUUGGAUGGAUGUGGUGUCAUUUU